AUGGGCAGCAAGGAUGGCUUCACGACGAUGAAGUCCCAUCUGCAGGCCCUGCAGGACGAGGACCCCGAGGCCAUCUUCAUUGUGCUCAAAGAGCACUUCUCGACGUACGGCGAAGUCAAGGGCAUCCACGUUUGCCACUCGAGGGUCAAGUCGGGCAACACGCGCGACGCCGGCGGCGAUGAGUUCCGGAAGCGGCCAGCGGCGCUGGGCUUCGUCGUCAUGGAGACCGCCGAGGCCGCGAAGAGAAUCCUCGAGGCUGGCCCCGAGAUCGAGGUCAAGGACGUCAAGGUUCUCGUCCAGCCGUUCAAUCGGAACCACGGCGCGGAGGGGGAGGCCUCCAGCGGCGGCGCAACGCAGGGCGGCGGGCCGCAGAAGAGGGCCAGGACCGACGGCGCGGCGGUGCCCAAGACGGGGAGCCACAAGGGGCGCGCCAGGGGACGGCCCUGCGCCCGGGCGACCCCGGCUGGUCCCCUUACGUCUACGACGACGAGGCGAGGGAGCUCCAGCUGGACGAGCGGGGCAGCAGCAGCCCCUCCUGGCUGCGGGACGACCACGCGAGGCACGGCCAGGCUCCCCCGCACGGGUCGGGCCAGGCCGCGUACUACGCCCGGUACGGCCCGCCGCCUCCAGACCACUACGCUGCCGCGCACGGCCGCCCUCCGUGAGAGCCCAGCUGGCGGCGGCGUGCGUCGCGGCGGCCCGAGCCGCAGGGAUGGUGAGAUUCGGCCCUCUCCCUCCUCUGCCCUCGCCCCUCGUCCCCUCUUCCCCUCGGCCGUCCCCCCCCCCCUCCCUGUCUGCUCGCCGGCCAAUUCGAUAGUUAGGGCCCCUAUCUAG